UUGAGACACGCCCCUUUUUAUCUAGGGUGGGGCUCGCAGAAAUGGCAACAACUUUGUUACUGUGCUUUCUGAGUCUAAUAUCCAUCUGUAGAGCUCAAGGAUCAUCUGAAGACCUUCCAUGGUUCGUGUGGCUUAUUUUAGGACUUGGUUUAGCUGUUGGACUCGUGCUCAUUGGUUUGACAGUGUUUUAUGUACUGAACGUUUGCAAGAAAGUGUUUGGUAACAGAUCAUCAGUGUAUCAUGAAGGAUAUCAAGAGACACAGCAGUUACAACAAGCUAACAGCAAAGAGCAUCCUCCCCCUCCAGCUGAGAAAGCAGAAGCUCCAGUACUUGAAGCUAAUCCAAAUGCUAGUGCUACUUCACUCCGUUCGAUAGAGCCACAUGAGAAAGAGAUACAAAGAGAAAAGAUUAAAAUUCUGCAGCAGUUGGGUAUCGGAGAGUAUGGUCCAAUAUAUGAUGCUGAAGUGGAAUUAGACAUCAAUAUUAAAUCAAGAGCACUUGUUAAGGUAUUUCAAAAAGGAACAAGCCAAGAUUUAGCUGUAUACAAACACGAAUUAGAGAAAUUAAUGAGAUUAAACCAUUCAAACGUGACGAGACUAUUUGGAGUAGUAUCACAGUCUCCUUACUACACAAUCAUAGAGCUUCCUGUUAACGGCGACCUUAAGACAUUCCUGUUAACCAGCAAGGCCUCCCAUACAAACAUUACAAUAACUCAAUUACUAGCUAUGGCAACAGAUGCUGCCCGUGGUUUAGCUUAUAUGGAGUCCAUACAGUACAUACACCAGGAUAUAGCUGCCAGAAAUUGUGUGGUCACUCAAUCACUUGGAAUAAAAAUAUCAGAUUACAAAGUGAGUAGGUUUUUGUUCAGAAGUGAAUAUGCAGUACAAGCAGAUGGAUCACUGAUGCCUUUGAGGUGGAUGGCUCCAGAAUCGCUUAUGGAGAAUCAUAUUAGUUUACAGAGUGACAUAUGGUCAUUCGGUACACUAUUGUGGGAGCUAUUUACAACUGGACAGUUCCCAUUCGCGGAGUUAUCAGACGCUGAGGUUGUUCAAGGCGUCUGCUACGAGUUUACUCGCUUGCUGAAACCAAUAUCCUGCCCUAAUGAAAUCUACCAACUGAUGCUCAAAUGUUGGCACAGCAAUCCCUCCCAGAGACCCAAGAUGGACUAUCUUCGUCAGCAGCUAGAGACAUGUAUCCUACUAGUUCCUACUAAACCAACAACAAUAGAAGCUGAAGUAGAAGAAGAGGCUCCAUUUCCUCCUCUCAGUGAUCCGGGAAUCCCAGCACACUUGCUAUCAACAUAAAUAUCUGAAAUGCACUUGAGUGCAUAAACAUAAAAAGUUUCUCUUUUAAUAUGCUCUACUAAUGAUAUCUUGCAAGGAAUAAAUGUCCAUAUCUAACUUAGUACGAUUGAUUGUAAUGUUCAUUUUUUUGAGUCUUUGUUCAAAUAAGUCUAGUGCAAAGUGA